AUGAACCUCCUCAUCGGUGUGAGCGCCAGCAUCGCUGCCAUCAAACUUGGAGAAGUGAAGGAACGACUAAAGGAAAGGUGCCGGGAGAGCAACCUUCAGGUGGAAAUAAAAUACGUGGCGACUACUCUGGCAUACGAUACCUUUUUGAAGAAGGUGGACUUUUGUGAGGAGGUUCUUUUGGAUAGGGACGAGUGGACAUGGGAGAAGAUGGGGGAUGAAAUUUUACAUGUCGAGUUGAGGAAGUGGGCUGACCUGUUCGUUAUUUGUCCGAUGGAUGCCAACACACUGGCGUCUGUGGCCUCCGGGGCCUGCCCCAACCUGCUGACCUGCAUCUGCCGGUGCUGGGACUUCAGGAAGCCCCUGCUGGUCUUCCCCUGCAUGAAUACGUAUAUGUACGACCACCCCAUAACGCGGGAGCAGCUGAAGCGAAUAACAUCCUGGGGUGUGAAGGUCGUGGAACCCGUGGAGAAGCUCCUCGCUUGCGGAGACUACGGAAUAGGAGCCCUGCCCCCUGUGGAGGACGUCGUUGAAAAAAUUGUACAGUAUAUAAAAAGGCACCAGCUGGAGGUGGCGAAAAAGGAAAUUAACACUACGUAG